ACUUCCCCCACUACAUCAACUACCCCAACAAUUACUUCCCCUACUACAGCAACUACCCCAACAAUUACUUCCCCCACUACAUCAACUACUUCAACAAUUACUACCCCCACUACAUCAACUACCCCAACAAUUACUUCCCCAACAACAUCAACUACCCCAACAAUUACUUCCCCCACUUCAUCAACUACUUCAACAAUUACUUCCCCCACUACACCAACUACUUCAACAAUUACUUCCCCCACUACAUCAACUACCCCAACAAUUACUUCCCCCACAACAUCCACUACUUCAACAAUUACUUCCACCACUAUUACAUCAACUACCCCAACAAUUACUUUCCCUAAUACAUCAACUAUUUCAACAAUUACUUCCCCCACUACAUCAACUACCCCAACAAUUACUUCCACCACUACAUCAACUACAUCAACAAUUACUUCCCCCACUACAUCACCUACCCCAACAAUUACUUCCCCCACUUCAUCAACUACUUCAACAAUUACUUCCACCACUACCCCAACAAUUACUUCCCCCACUAUUACAUCAACUACCCCAACAAUUACUUCCCCCACUACAUCAACUACCCCAACAAUUACUUCCCCUACAACAUCAACUACUUCAACAAUUACUUCCCCCACUACAUCAACUACCCCAACAAUUACUUCCCUCUCUACAUCAACUACCCCAACAAUUACUACCCCCACUACAUCAACUACUUCAACAAUUACUUCCCUCACUACAUCAACUACCCCAACAAUUACUUCCCCCACAACAAUUACUUCCCCCACUACAUUAACUACUUCAACAAUUACUUCCCCCACUACAUCAACUACCCCAACAAUUACUUCCCCUAAUACAUCAACUACUUCAACAAUUACUUCCCUCACUACAUCAACUACCCCAACAAUUACAUCCCCAACAACAUCAACUACCCCAACAAUUACUUCCCCCACUACAUCAACUACCCCAACAAUUACUUCCCCCACAACAUCCACUACUUCAACAAUUACUUCCCCCCCUAUUACAUCAACUACCCCAACAAUUACUUCCCCUAAUACAUCAACUACCCCAACAAUUACUUCCCCGAAUACAUCAACUACUUCAACAAUUACUUCCCUCACUACAUCAACUACCCCAACAAUUACUUCCCCAACAACAUCAACUACCCCAACAAUUACUUCCCCCACUACAUUAACUACUUCAACAAUUACUUCCCCCACUACAUCAACUACCCCA